AUGAGGGGAGGCAGGCCAGCACCGUCCUCAUCAGGCCCACCAGCCGACAAACCCAAACGCGAGGCCAUCCUCGACCUCUCAAAGUAUGUCAACGAAAAGAUCAGAGUCAAAUUCACUGGCGGACGCGAAGUGAUCGGCGUCCUGAAAGGCUAUGACCAGCUGCUGAACCUUGUACUAGACGAGGUCGAGGAGGAAGUCUCAGCAUCCAACCCUUACAAGAAACGCUCACUCGGCCUCGUCGUCCUGCGCGGCCCGACCAUCACACUCCUCAGCCCCGUAGACGGCUUUGAAGAGAUCGCCAACCCCUUCGUCAGCGAAGAGUAGUCCGACCGGUGUGGCACCCUUGUACUUUAUUUCCAUGUUCUCCAUUUCCCUUGAAAGCCGAUAAUAUACAACAUGCUCCCUCCAGAUUGCCCUGUGCCCUGAACCACAGAGAAUAAAGCAGGGACGAAUGGCCUUGUACUCUAGUCACAAUUCUCUCCAUUUUUAUUGCGCCUGACUCGACUGGGUGCUGGUUACUA